GUUCACUCCGAAGUGAUCACUCAAACACUAAGUACAUACGGACAUUUCUCACUCGGCUCGUUCCAUCAUCACGACGCUUGGGAGACAUAAGGGCACAAUCUCAUUGAAAGAAAGUAACAUAAUACGGCAACAGCAAACUUGACAUUAUCAUGCCCCCAAGAAACGACGACGAUUGGUCUGACUCCGAUGACGAUGACGUUUCCGAUAUCGAGACGAACGUUCAAAUCGGCCUUCCCGACGGACCAAUCGAGUCUUCUGAAGAACUACGCGACCCGCGUGUCUCGCGGAUAGGUGGUCAUCCUGCAUUCCUCAAUCCGCCACCGCCUGCGUCGUCCGUGAAGUGCAAGAACUGUGGCGAUCCCAUAUCCCUUCUCGUGCAAGUUUGGUGUCCAUUGGACGAGAGUCCGAACGACCGUGCAUUGUAUGUGUGGGGUUGUGCGCGUGGAGCAUGUCAGAAGAAGGAUGGGAGUGUGAGGGCGUGGAGACACCUGCGGUACAACAAGAAGUACGCGGAGAAGUUGGCCAAGAAUGCCGAGAGACGGAAGACGAAGGAGGAGACAGAGCGGAAAGCUAUUGAGGAGGCUGCUCGCCGUAGCCAGCCUAAGACAAACCCUUUCUCAAUGAAGGCAACUGCCGCACCAAAUCCAUUUGAUCUGGGAUCGCAGGUGUUCGGCGACGCACCCGCACCGGCCAAGGAGAACGAUGCGUCUUCCUCGUCCGAUGAGGCAGUCAGCGACGAGGAAGACGUCGAGGAAUCUCAAGACGACACGGACAUAGCCGCACGCCUCGCAAGCACUACCCUCGAUGACUCACCAUGGCAAGAAACCCCCGCGUAUGGUGCACUCUAUCUCUCCACUACUUCCGAAUACCUCCCACCCGCUAAGAAGGUCAAGCUCCCCAAAGGCGUCGAGGUCAACGAAGACGAUGAAGGCAAGGGCAAAGACGGAGGCUGGGCAUUGGAAGGCUACGAGAACUCGAUCGAGGUCGAUCAUGCAUUUGAGCGCUUCACCAAGCGGGUGGGGUACGAGGGCGAGCAAUGCAUACGAUAUGAACUUGGUGGGACGCCCCUCCCGUUCGCGAGCGACGCCGUAUUCGACAAGCUCUUCCCCGCACCGACCGGUCCCCCCCUCCCCGUCACCAAACCUGAUUUCAUGGUCGUCCCCGCACAAAAGCGUACCUACACGCCAUCAUCCGUCCCCGCCUGCCCGCACUGCGGCGGGCCCCGCGUGUUCGAAUGCCAGCUCAUGCCGAACCUCAUCAACGUCCUCCGCGCGUCGACGAAGACUGAUGAGGGGAAGAAGAAGCUGAGCGACGAGGAGCGCAGGCAGCAGAUCAUGAAGGAACUGAAGGGCGAGGGCGCCGGGGGACGUGUAGGCAUGGAGUGGGGUACGUGCAUGGUGUUCUCGUGUCAGAAGGAUUGCUCGGACGAGGCUGCCGGUGGUUGCUGGCGCGAGGAGCUGGUCCUCGUGCAGUGGGACGACUAACGGAGCCCGACGCUCAAGUAAUGAGUCACUCAUGUAGCAGAACACCUUGUAGCGGUAGCUCAGUCCACAAAAACGACGACCGUCAUCAUCCCGAUGUAUUACUGUACACGCGAGAGCACACUAUGGCAGGGUAUUUACACUGUAGAC